UUGCGGGCAUGGGCUAGGACAGCAAAAAAAUAUCAGAGGGCAGAUUUCAAUCUCUUUCAUCAUUUCAGUCCUAGAUUAUACCGUCGCAUAACUAGUUUACAGAUAUCGAGAGAAUGGCAGGAUUCACUAUUGCCAAUCUGCCAGCCAGCGAGGCUGACAUCGACUUCAGCGAUCUGGAAAGGGAGUUUGUCGUCCCCGAGCAGGAGGAGACGCUUGAGAAUGUCGUGGUGGUGGACAAUCUGCCUGUGGUCGACGAGAGCAAGGAGGAGAAGCUGAUUGCUGUGCUCAAGAAGCUGUUCAAGAAGCAGGCGGGCGCAGUCAAGGACAACGGCAUCCACAUGCCGCACGAGGAGGUCAAGGGCAAGAACAAGACCAAGGGCUUCGCCUUCGUCGAGUUCGAGACCGCCGAGUCGGCGCAGAACGCAAUCCGCAACCUCAGCGGCUUCAAGCUCGACAAGACCCACGUUCUGGUGGUCAACCCGUUCAUGGACAUUGAGAAGUACAGCGAGGUCGACGAGAAGUACCAGGACCCGCCCGAGGAGCCGUUCGUGGAGAAGGAGCACCUGAAGUCGUGGCUUGGCGACGAGUUUGCUCGCGACGAGUUCGCCAUGUACGCUGACCAGGAUCUGUCGGUGCUGUGGAACGAGAAGACGCAGCCGGCCGAGAAGAUUAUCUCGCGGUCGAACUGGACCGAGACGUACGUGCAGUGGUCGCCGCUGGGCUCGUACAUGUGCACGUUCCACCGCCAGGGUCUGGUGCUGUGGGGUGGUCCCUCGUGGAAGAAGCUGAUGCGCUUCGUGCACCUGAGCGUCAAGCUCGCUGACUUUAGCCCGAACGAGCGGUACCUUGUCACGUGGUCCAACGAGCCCAUCAACGUCGAGACCGUCAACCAGCUGCUGGGCGCCGGCAACGAGCACCAGAACCCGUAUACGGAGGCCGACGAGGGCAACACGUUCUGCGUGUGGGAUGCGCACACUGGUGCGCUGCUGCGCUCGUUUGCACCGCAAAAGACUGACGACGGCAAGGCCGCCAAGGUCAGCUGGCCGCACUUCAAGUGGUCGCCCAGCGAGAAGUACUUUGCGCGCAUGUCGCAGGGCUCGCAUGUGGCCAUCUACGAGGCCCCCUCGAUGGGCCUGCUCGACAAGAAGUCGAUCAAGGUCCCGGGCAUCCAGGACUUUGCGUGGUGCCCGCGCACCAAGCCCGGCAAGCCUGAGCUGAUGGCAUACUGGACGCCCGAGGAGGGCAACCUGCCGGCCCGCGUUAGCCUGAUCAGCGUGCCCGACAAGGCCCUGGUCCGCACCAAGAACCUGUUCAGUGUGUCCAAUGCAUCGCUGCACUGGCAUCCCGAGGGCAAUAUGCUGUGUGUGCGCGUGCAGCGCUACACCAAGUCCAAGAAGUCGCAGUUCACCAACCUCGAGAUCUUCCGCACCGGCGAGCGCGACGUGCCUGUCGACGUCAUCGAGCUCAAGGACUGUGCUGUGGCCUUCGACUGGGAGCCGACCUCGGAGAACUUCCGCUUCGCCGUUAUCCACACCGACGACCCGACCCCGCCGCCCACCAACACCAGCGGCAUGGCCUCGGUUGCUGCCAAGACCAGCGUCAGCUUCUACGCCUUUGAGCGCAAGGGCAAGCUGGUUAAGAAGGAGGGCUUCAAGCUGCUCAAGACGCUUGACCGCAAGAACACCACUGCCCUGCGCUGGUCGCCGCGCGGUCGCCACAUCGUGCUGGCCACGCUGCGCACCACCACUGCGUGGGAUCUCGAGUUCUACGACGUCGAGUUUGACCAGGCUGCCGCCAACAAGAGCGGUGUGGCUGGCGAUGCCAUCUCUCAGCUGGGCGCUGCGGAGCACUACGGUGUGACCGAUCUCGACUGGGACCCGACCGGCCGCUACGUGAUCACGUCGGCGUCAUCGUGGAGGCACACGAUGGAGAACGGCUACAUCCUGUGGGACUUCAAGGGCCAGCAGCUGCGCAAGGAGGUCGUCGAGCGCUUCAAGCAGAUCCUGUGGCGCCCGCGCCCCAAGACCCUGCUGUCCGACGACAAGAAGCGCGAGAUCCGCAAGAACCUCAAGAACUACUCAACCGAGUUCGACGAGCAGGACGAGCGCAAGCUGCACGCUGCCGACGCCGAGCUUAUCUCCCAGCGCCGCCGCCUUAUCAGCGAGUGGGACACCUGGCGCGAGAGCGUCGAGGCCCAGCUUGCCAAGGAGACCGAGGAGGCCCUUGCCAACGGCUACAAGCUGCCCCUGGCCGCCGGCGAGGACGACCAGAUUGUCGAGGAGAUUGUCGAGGAGAUUGUCGACGAGAAGGAGGAGGUUGUCGCCUAGUCGCUUUGUUCCCAGAUUCAAUGCAAUACAUGCGGACAGCUUUGCCCGUAUUACAUUAUAUGCCAUGCCGUAUAUGCACUCCACAUGUACAGAGUAUGUUUUUUUUUUCCACAUUGCUGGAAUUUGUUCAACACAAGCAAGGAGGGCAUGUUGUGCCAUGGGAGCUACAAAAAAGAUCUUUAACGGCUGGUAGC